AUGGGUCCGUAUCAAACGCCGCUGAAACCCGUUGAUGAUGCUGCUGCUGACGGCGCAGUUGACGGCGCUUCUAACGGGACUGACGGUGCUGCCAGCACUGGUCCUAGUAACGGAGAUGAGGGGGCUACUGACGAUGAAGCGAAGACCAACGCCUUCGAUCCCGUCACAGCUGCUGAGUGUGCUGCUGCUGACAUCGAUAUAUCCUUUGCACUCGCCUCCGAACCUCAGAUAACGGGCGACGCCUGCCAAUUCGGCGAAUUAGGGUUUGAAUUCGGACCGCAUUCGCUUCUGCUCGAGUCGUUUCCCACCGCGCAAGCCGGCGGAGCGGCCCAUCUGACGGCCACCGCACAUAACUUAACCGCAACGCAUAAUCUGACGCCGGAAACCGCACAUGAUUAUACCGUCACAACGCAUACUAGUAAUAAUCUGGCGUGUACUACAGCGUACGACUCUGCGACGAUCAUGCUACCGCCGGUUGACUAUCAUGCCGUGCCGAGUGCUACCGCCUGGGACAACCGCGGAGGAGACGCGAUGAUGGAUAUGAGCUAA